AUGUAUCACUACACAGGUGAUGAGACCCAGGACGGAAAUCGAAUCGUCCCCGCUUUGGUGCUCGAAUAUGCCGCCUACGGCAACCUGAAGGAGUUCCAGAUCUCAGGACACGCAAACACAUUUCCAGAUCAGAUCAAAGUUGCUCUAGAUGCCGCCAGCGGUAUUCAGGCACUGCAUCGAGUGGGUUUCGUCGGCCACACGCAGAUGUACUGUGCCCCAGAAUCAUACGAUGGAAAGUUUGAACGCCAGCACCUGAAGCAACUCGACAUGUACAGUUUUGGGCUUACUUUCCUCGCCAUUCUCGAGAGUGGUGGCACGUUUUAUGAUAAUCUGCCCACUCAGGAUCUAGACAUCAAUGUCAGGAAAAUGAAAAGCGCAGAUCUUAUGUGCACUACCAUGCCUAUGCGGGUUUUGAAAGGCUCUCGACACGAAGGACGUCCUUUGGCCAUUGUUUGCAAGAUACUCAAGACGUGUCUGCAAAAGUCUCCCGCCGCUAGAUUCAAAGACAUGGACCGUAUCAUUUUGCUUCUUCGUCUGGCCCAGCAUGUCUCUCUUGGAGAGAACUCACAUGCCUCUUUCAACGAUACGACGGCCUCGCAGGCUGCCGAGUUCAUCAAAGUCAUUGGGGGCGACAGUUGCCCUGACACUACCCAAGUUCCACAAGCGCUGCAACAAGGUUAUCCGCAGUGCCUGGAGUACAUCCAACUCGCAAUUGAUGGCCUUCCAAAGAAGCAGCCGGCGCAGCUUGUGCGAGUCCAAGUUAAAGCACUGAGAGAUCAAGCUGCUCGGCUUGCGCAAAUGACCCUUUGGAUUCAUGGCUUCAUGAUGAACACCCAGGAAAGGCCUUUGGGAGAUGUGUUACGUCAGAUCGUGGAGAAGCGAGUCAUUGCGGACCUCUUCAAAGCUGUCGGAACACCCGAAAACGGGCCCGACGUUAUUGGCUUUGAUACAUGCAAGGCCUUGAGGUUCAUUUCUGACUUGGUGGGACUUUUACCUGAGCCAUAUGUUGCCGGGUGGUCAGAUGAAUCUCCAGAAGUAGAACAACUGAGGUCCCGAUAUGAAGCCAAAGAAAAAUUGGUUCUCAGCCGUUACUUGGAUUUCAUCCCGAAUCUCGCAGCGUCGUACGCCACAAUCGAAAAGAUGCCAUGGAUCGUCCAGACCGAGGCUACAAGAAGCCUUCAGGUCAUCUUGGCUCAAUCUUCUGAUGUCAGGAUUAAAUCAUCUGCCGCUUUCAAUCUCGCAAUCGCGUACACACAAGGCACCGGAGUGGAAUGGGAUCUCGAGACAGCAAAACAGUAUUUAUUCCAAGCUGCAGUGUUUGGCUCCGAGGAAGCCCAGACUCUUUACAUCAAUAUCUUUGCCUCUAACGGGACAAAUUCGAAACUUCCGGAGCCAGCCGUCUGGCGUAGCUGGCUGGAGGUAUCAGCUGAAAAGGGGAAUUCCAAAGCACUCAAAAUCCUCGAACAUGUGUCACCACUUUCAAUACUGAGACUCAGAAGUAGCGCUCAGCGGAGACAUUUUGAAGAGACAGGACUAAAACUUGACAAAUGGACCCCGUCAGAAACUCCUAUCAGCAAGGAAUUGCUGACGAGAUCAGGUCCCCAGAUUCUCUUCUGGGCCAUCACUGAGGACCGACCCGAUGUUGUUGCUCUCGUCAUCAAAGAGAUCCCAGCUUGCACAGGGACCCAGACAGAGCUUCAAGGGGAUUUCCCUUUGUUGGCAGCCUGUAGGCUGGGGCGAACUACAAUAGCAAAAAGCUUGCUCGACGCUCAGCAGAGUGCUGGCCUUGCCGAUAACCUUGGAGUCACACCCCUUCAUUGGCUAUUUCGGUUUCCAGCAGCGGAAAUGUUCGACAUUGCCUUCGCACUUUGUGAAAAGGGAGCUGAUCGUCACGCGCUUGCAGCUUCUCUCCUCCCCACGCAGUAUGACACGCAGAUCAACGAGUCAACAGAACCUCCCAGCUGGACUCCUUUGCACUGGGCAGUCUGGUCGAACAACUUGGCUGCCGUCGAGACGCUGCUCACGCUCGGUGCGAAUCCCAUCUUCAGCAAGGACUCCAAGGCCGGCGAGGCAAGAUGUCAAUCACCCCUGGAUCUGGCGUGUCGACUUUGUCACUCAGCAAUGAUCGACCGACUUGUGAUGGAGCCUUCGGUGGUUGAGGAACUUCGCACAGCAAGGUCUAUGAUUAUCGACCAUCCUUUGAAGUCGCGACCCCUUCUGUAUCCGCUACAAGGCGCCUCUCGCUGGACCAGACUUCUCUCUAGCGGCGUCAGCUUUGUGCAGGAGAUUCAUAGGACGAUCUCCACCUUAGUCUCUCAUGGAGCACCCACGGAUGCCGUGCUGGAGCUUGGCGAGUUCAAGGUCCCCGCUGUAUUCGCUGUUGCCGAGCAUCAGUGUUUCGCAGAGGUCAUGGUCGCCGGACUGGAAAACGGCUUUGCGAGGGAGAUUGACGUCUUCCCGCAGAAGGACAAGCGGCAUAACGCUCUGCUGAUGGCGAUAAACCACCGAGAUCCCGCCAUGGUCCGCGCUCUGCUUACAGCUGGCGCCAGUACAACGGUUGAGGAUGCACAUGGGCUGGGGCCUCUGGAGCGUGCUGCGAAGGAAUCUGACAAUGUCUUCUUUGUGCGCAGCAUUCUAGAGACUGGUAUCUCCGCAGACCCGCCUGACUAUGCUGAUAUCACUGACGUGAUGGUUGCGCAUCUCCUAGAGAAGUAUGAUUCGAAGAAUUACUUUGGCAGUACCGACGGCGAAGGCCACAUGUCAGCCCUGACGGCAGCCGUGGGAUUGGGAAACCACCGCGUCGUCAAGCGGCUCCUAGAAAAGGGGGCCGAUCCGAAAAUUGUGGAUGACAAGGGGCGUACCGCCAUGUCACUCGUACAACACAGAUACACGUAUCCCGAGUCCGUGGGCCUCUUGACUGAACGCAAAGUGGCAGAUUUAGACAGCGGCACUGCGGAGAGACUUUGCACGAGGGUAAAUCAGAACACAUCCGAACUUGUGGGUGUCCUUGUUUCGUAUGGUGCCUUUGGGGAUGAUAUGUCGACACCAGAGUGGUAUCAGGGUGAGAAGGGCUACAAGUGUACGCAUUGCGUGAUGGAGGCGCUGCGCAACAAAGUCAGACAAAGUAACGAUUGA